GGUGGUACAGGAAUUUCUCAACCAGUAGCUGCACUUACUGGUCUUGGUACUGGACAAGAUCAUGGAUCAAUGAUGAUUAAAGCAGUCGCUCUAAUUCGUGGCCAAGUUAAUGGUGUUGUACGUUUGGUUCAAGUUGGUUCUGGUCCAACUCUGGUAGCCGGUAUUGUCAAAGGCCUAUAUCCAUUCUCUAAACAUGGUUUUCAUGUUCAUGAAUAUCGAGUGACAGGUGAUUGUGAAAGUGCCGGUGAACAUUACAAUCCGACUAAAGAGAAUCACGGAUCACCAUUUUCUGUACAGUCACAUGUUGGUGAUUUUGGUAAUCUUAUUGCUGAUGGGCUUGGAUUUUCUCGAUUUCAUGUGACUAAUCCAAAAUUAUCUUUACGUGGAAAAUAUAGUGUUAUUGAACGUUCAUUAGUUAUUCAUCAAAGGCCUGAUGAUCUAGGAAUGGGUUUCAAUCAUGAAAGUCGUAAAACGGGAAAUUCUGGAGGAAGACUUGGCUGUGGUACAAUUAAAUUCGUAAGCAUCGGUUGAAUGUACGUCCUGAUACACGACGACAAUGUUAUAUUACAUGAAAAAUUAAUGUCACACUAUUGUAUCAAUAAAAUUUUUUUCAAAUGCUUAGCAAUAUGCGUCAUAAAAUCGGC